UGUACGAUUCUGAGUCGCCGGCAGUCUUUCGCGACAUAUAAAAGCGUUCACACGCACACUAUCUUAUCUGAGAUCACUAUGAAAAUUGACGGAACCCCGCGCUAAUGUUUUGUGAAAAAAAAAACUAAUACGAUAAUUUAUGACGUUUGAUAAAAAGUGGUACAAAAGGACGUCACGACUAUUUUACUAAUAUGAUGAAGUGUUGUAAAUAAAUUAAAUUAUGAGUGCAGUAAAAUAAUUAUUUGAAUUCGAACAUUAAUUUUACGGCGUUUUCUAUAGACGAUAAAAGGACUUUGAAGGGGGCGCCGUUUACAAAAUGUAUUUUUGGAAAUUGCAAAUUUUCGCUGUAUGCUUCUUUUUACUAGUGAGGCGAUCAACCCAGAACAAUGAGGAGACGGGCGACGGUGUCUCCGUGGAGCUCAUACAAACAAACAUCACGCGACUCACAGCAAAGUCUAUACACCAGGCUGGGUACCAUCUGCACUCCAUAGAGCAUUUAUCAAUUAUUGAUGCGCCUAAAUUAGAUUAUGUGGCUGUAGACGAUUUCUCCAAAAUGCCCAGACUCAAAUCACUAUUCAUAACCCAAGCACCGCUCCUGCGUCGACUAAACCCACUGCCGCCAAUGCCAGAACUACGCACAUUUAUGAUAACGACGUCAGGCCUCCUAGAAGUGCCCAACCUGAGCAAAGUGCAUAACAAGAACAAGAACAAUGUCUCCCUUCCUUAUCUACAGGCUGUAGACUUGGAAGGCAACCACAUAAAACGCAUCCCGUCACACGCUCUGCGCGUCCGAGCCGAUCAAGUGUCCCUGAACUACAAUCUCAUCGAGGAAGUGCCUGCUUAUGCAUUCAAAUAUGCUGAAAUAUCGAAAUUGAGCUUCAGGGGGAACACGAAACUGCGUAAAUUGGACGACAAAGCUUUCUCUGGAAACCUACUACUUCGACAAUUAGAUCUGAGCAACACGGCGAUCAGCAGCUUACCAACGGAGGGACUACAAAACCUGCAAAUACUCCGAAUAGAAAAGACUCCCAGCUUGAAAUAUGUUCCCUCAAUUUACGAAUUUCAGCACUUGGAGAAGGCAUACCUGACGCAUCACUUCCACUGCUGCGCGUUCGCGUUCCCCGAGAGACACGAUCCGGCCCGGCACAAGAUAUACGAGACACAAAUAGCUUUAAUGGCGAAACAAUGUCAGGGUGCCGAACAGAGCUCGAUGCCACGCAAGAAAAGGUCGUUGCAGGCCAUCAGAAAUGUCCAAUUGAACGAAAACAGCAAAGAAGCGCUGGACCCCACAGAUGAAGAUGACGAUACUUCAGCGUCGACGUCCGAUGAAAUGUUCGGCACAACGUUCGACGAGGACGAGCUUGUGUACUCCGACAGCAACGAGGAGUUCAUGGAGAACUUCCACGAACCGAUCACGGACAACCUCACCAACGGCUACGAGGCCAAAUGUGGAAAUUUUAGUUUGAGCCGUCGCGAAGUCGAAUGCACACCUCUACCCGACGCAUUGAAUCCUUGCGAAGACGUAAUGGGCUGGUCUUGGCUCCGCGCCUCCGUCUGGCUGGUCAUCACGGCAGCAGUCGUCGGAAACGUGGCUGUACUCCUAGUGCUCCUCACCAACCACACCGAGUUGACUGUUCCCAGAUUCCUCAUGUGCCACCUCGCCUUUUCUGAUCUCUGCACCGGCCUGUACCUCUUCAUGUUAGCAGUCGUCGACCUUAGAUCUUACGGAGAAUUCUUCAACUACGCCUACAAUUGGCAAUAUGGCGUUGGUUGCAAAAUUGCCGGUUUCCUAUCAGUAUUCUCUGGGCAGUUAUCGGUGUUCACAUUAACGAUAGUAACCUUAGAGCGCUGGUUUGCCAUAACCUACGCCAUUUAUUUGGAGAGACGAAUCUCGUUAGCUGCAGCGGCUAAAAUAAUGUUAGGAGGAUGGAUGUUCUCCAUUCUUAUGGCUGGACUACCGUUGGCCGGGGUCUCAGACUACUCCUCGACCUCCAUAUGCCUUCCAGUUGAGAGUAAGGAUGUCGGGGACGCUGUCUACCAGGGAUCACUGUUCAUGACCAACGCUAUAGCCUGGGUAACAAUAGUCAUAUGUUAUGUGCAGAUAUACAGAUCUUUGGGUGGAGGAGGGGAGAAGUACGGUGGGAGAGGGUCAGCAGCAGCAGCCGAGCGAAAAAUAGCAAACAAAAUGGCUUUACUCAUUGGAACGGACUUGCUCUGUUGGGCACCAGUUGCAUUCUUCGGCGUUACCGCGUUAGCAGGUGUUCCUUUAGUGGAUGUGAGUCAUGGAAAAGUGCUAUUAGUUUUCUUUUACCCAUUAAACGCGUGUGCGAAUCCGUUUUUAUACGCAAUUCUUACGAAACAGUAUCGGAGAGACUUUAUGACGCUUAUAGCUAGGACUGGGAAGUGCAAUUGGUUAGUAGAUAAAUACAAACUUGCAGCAACGCCACCACCCACCGCCCAGACGAACCCUUCAGCUCCAGCAUUACUCCCUCUAGUGGACUAUCAAAGAAACCAAUCCCAGUUGAGCAAAGGCAAUGGAGAGAUUGCCAUUUAAUAUAAUAUUUUAAAUUUAAGAAAUAAUGAAAAAAUACAAUUUAUUUAUUACA